CUAUGUAAUUUGACACUUCAACUUACUGUGCUCCCUGCUAGUUGAUUCACUUACUCACCCACUAACACUGAGCUCCUUUUACUGUCUGUGGGCUAAAAAGGGACGGAAAGCGCCAGGAAUAAGGGGGAGGAAGUGCAGUGCCAGGCUGAGCUGUGCCCACCACACCAGGGGAUAUUGUGCAUGUGCUGACGGGGCUGCCACAUUGCCCGCUCUCCUGCCUUCAGCUGCUUUCAAUAAAUGAAGGAAAUUAAUGUGACUGUCUAGGACCUGGUCAGCCAAUAAGAACAUUGGAUUACACUGCAAACCAGAAUAAAGUGGCUUGUAAAACAUAAAAAGAAGUUUUUGUGAGGAUUCCAAGCAGAAGUCUUUAGACAUACAUUUUGUUUCUGCUGUUAGUUUGCAAGACUCCAGAAGCCAUCAAUGUAGGGGCCGGAAAAAUACAGUUUUUAAUGAAUACAGUCACCUUGAUGCCCAAAACUGGAUUCACAUGAUUCACAAAGACAAGAGCAGGGCAGAAAGACAAGGAACGCUCUCCUUUAUUUGAGAAUGGAUUUAGACAAGUGAAAGACGAAAAGCAAGCACUAAAAGCCUGAAGGGAAAAAGUGCAUUGGGAAAUGCAGGUUUGAUGAUCUUUCAUGGCUUUCAGGUAGAAGCUGAGCGGACGUAGUCAGAAUGAACUCUAUGGAUAGGCACAUCCAGCAGACUAAUGACCGUCUGCAGUGCAUAAAACAGCACUUACAGAAUCCAGCAAAUUUCCACAAUGCAGCUACAGAGCUCUUGGACUGGUGUGGAGAUCCUCGAGCUUUUCAAAGACCCUUUGAACAGAGCCUCAUGGGUUGUUUAACGGUGGUUAGCAGAGUAGCGGCACAGCAAGGCUUUGACCUGGACCUUGGAUACAGACUACUUGCUGUAUGUGCGGCCAACAGAGACAAGUUCACUCCCAAAUCAGCUGCUCUCCUUUCCUCGUGGUGUGAAGAACUGGGAAGGCUGCUUCUUUUGCGCCACCAAAAGAGCAGACAGAACGACCCCCCAGGCAAAAUCCCCAUGCAGCCCCCCAUGAACUCUUUGACCUCCAUGAAACCAUCCCUGUCUCAUGGCGAUGGAUCUUUCCCUUAUGACUCCGUCCCUUGGCAGCAGAAUGCAAGUCAGCCCCCAGGUUCUCUCUCAGUGGUCACUACAGUUUGGGGGGUCACAAACACUUCUCAAAGCCAGGUACUUGGGAACCCAAUGGUUAAUGCAAAUAAUCCAUUAAACCCAGCUGCCAAUCCCAUGGCAUCUGGAAUGAACAGCAAUAGCGCUGGCAUGAAUUCCCCGCAGUUUGCUGGGCAACAACAGCAAUUUUCCUCAAAGGCAGCGUCCAGUCAGCCGUACAUGCAGCAAGGCAUGUAUGGUCGUCCAAACUACCCAGGGGGUGGUGGAUUUGCAGGGAGCUAUCCUGGUGGACCCAAUAACCCUUCAGGAAUGGGCAUGCCCCCUCAUACACGACCCCCUACAGAUUUUACCCAGCCUGCGGCAGCGGCUGCAGCUGCUGCUGUUGCUGCUGCAGCUGCUACGGCUACCGCCACAGCAACAGCUACAGUGGCAGCACUACAGGAGACGCAGAACAAGGACAUGAACCAGUAUGGCCCAGUGUGUUCCUCUUUCCAGAUGGGUCCAGCCCAGGCCUACAACAGUCAAUUCAUGAACCAACCUGGCCCACGAGUCCCCUCUGCUAUGUCAGGGAAUAUGAACCCAGCUGGAAUGGGUCCCAACAUGGCACCUUCUAACAUGAGUGGUCCUCCAAUGGGGAUGAAUCAGCCACGGCCUGGCAUGAACCCUUUUGGAGCUCACGGUCAAAGGAUGCCUCAGCAAAGUUAUCCUGGACCCAGGCCUCAGUCACUGCCUAUGCAAGGCAUGAAAAGGCCUUACCCAGGAGAGCCCAAUUAUGGUAGCCAGCAAUAUGGACCAAGCAGUCAGUUUCCAAAUCAGCCUGGGCAGUACCCAAGCCCCAAUCCUGCCAGACCCAUGACAUCUCCAAACUACCCAGGCCAAAGGAUGACAGGACAACAGAAUGCUGGACAAUACCCUCCGCCCAGUGUGGCCAUGGGGCAAUAUUACAAGCCAGAGCAGUUUAAUGGACAAAAUAACAACUUUUCUGGGAGCGGCUACAAUAGCUAUAGCCAAGGCAGUAUGAACGGGCCCUCCAGGCAGGGUCCCGUUGGUAACUACCCUCACUCGCCUGUUCCUGGAAACCCAACACCACCUAUGACUCCUGGCAGUACUAUCCCACCAUAUUUGUCUCCCAGUCAAGAUGUCAAGCCUCCAUUCCCCCCAGACAUCAAGCCAAACAUGAGUUCCUUACCUCCACCACCAAAUGCAAAAGGGAAAGUUCACGCUUUCUCUCCUUCUUCGAUCUCAGCCAGCCACACGGACGAACUCCGUCUAACAUUUCCUGUUCGGGAUGGAGUAGUAUUGGAGCCUUUCCGGCUGGAGCACAACCUCGCUGUCAGCAACCAUGUGUUUCACUUACGGCCGACCGUCCAUCAGACCCUCAUGUGGAGGUCUGACUUGGAGUUGCAAUUCAAGUGCUACCAUCAUGAAGACAGACAGAUGAACACUAACUGGCCUGCAUCUGUACAAGUUAGCGUCAAUGCCACUCCUCUUACUAUUGAGCGGGGUGACAAUAAGACUUCCCACAAACCUUUGCACCUCAAGCAUGUUUGCCAGCCGGGCCGCAAUACAAUCCAGAUAACCGUCACUGCCUGUUGUUGUUCGCACUUGUUUGUGCUGCAGUUAGUUCAUCGGCCUUCAGUUCGUUCCGUUCUGCAGGGUUUAUUGAAGAAAAGGCUGCUCCCAGCUGAACACUGUAUUACAAAAAUAAAAAGAAAUUUUAGCAGUGUGGCAGCUUCAUCUGGGAAUGCAGCUUUAAAUGGGGAGGAUGGAGUAGAGCAGACCGCCAUCAAAGUCUCUUUGAAAUGCCCAAUCACGUUUAGGCGGAUUCAGCUGCCUGCAAGGGGUCAUGACUGCAAACACGUACAGUGCUUCGACCUAGAAUCCUAUCUUCAGCUAAAUUGCGAACGAGGAACGUGGCGGUGUCCUGUAUGCAAUAAAACGGCUCUUUUAGAAGGCCUCGAAGUAGACCAGUACAUGUGGGGUAUCCUGAAUGCAAUACAGAACUCAGAAUUUGAAGAAGUAACCAUAGACCCCACUUGCAGCUGGAGGCCGGUACCGAUUAAGUCAGAGAUACACAUCAAGGAUGAUCCAGAUGGGAUUCCCUCUAAGAGGUUUAAGACUAUGAGUCCCAGUCAGAUGAUUAUGCCCAAUGUAAUGGAAAUGAUUGCUGCAUUAGGGCCUGGCCCCUCACCUUAUCCAUCACUGCCACCUCCACCAGGUGGCGGUAACUCCAACGAAUAUGUUGGACAAGGAAAUAAUUAUCAAGGUCAUGGUAACUUUGACUUUCCCCAUGGAGCACCUGGUGGAACAACUAUGAACGAUUUUAUGCAUGCACCCCAGUUAUCUCAUCCACCUGACAUGCCCGGUGGUAUGUCUUCGCUGGACAAACCUCUAAGCCACUCCAUGCAGGACUCUAUGCCUCAUGUAGGAAAUUCUGAGCAGCCUCAUGGCUCAAUGCCUCAGGGCUUACACCCUCCUCACCCAGGUAGCCAGCCUGGGCAGCCUUUACACCACGGUGGACCAGCACCUCAACCUCGACACCCACCACAAGCUGCCAACCAUCCACAUGGGGACAUGGGCUUUAACCCUUCGUCUGUGUUAGAAGGUCAGCCUGGUGGACAAGGACCUCCAGAUAUGCCAGAGCCAUCGCUGGAUCUGCUUCCAGAGCUUACUAAUCCAGAUGACCUUCUUUCCUACCUGGAUCCUCCAGAUCUACCAAACAACAGCAACGAUGACCUUCUCUCACUGUUUGAGAACAACUAAACUGGAGCUGUUUCUCCAUUCCCUAGCCCAUAAAACAGCCAGUCAGGACACACAAAGGCAGGCACAAUUCUGGAAACUCCAACCCUUUAUCCUUUAUGUCUGCCUUCCGGUGGUCUUGCAUCUGCAUUUGUCUCGGACUGAUGCGCUUUAAGUGACGCUGCUACAAGGCAACAAACAGCUUGGGGCUCCCUUUAGAUCUCUCACGUGGUGCUUCCUGGUUUUCCCAUCCUGAGGUUGAUAAAUGGGAAACUUUGAAGACAAAGUCCUCACUAGGCAGAUUGAAGAGGUGGUGGAGAUUAAACGCAAGACGCAUGACACCUCCUGAUGCCUAGUGCUAACCCCCUUUCCCACACCACCACCAGUCUCACACCAGCUGGAGAAGAACCUAAUCAUGUAAUUGGGAGAAAGAUUUAACAAACACACACACACCCACACACAAAGCACAAAGUUCCUACGAGGUGUUAAGGGUAAGACAUCUUGCUCACACCACACACAAGUGCUGCCACAGAGGACAGCCUCCUCGAGGGUCUCCUACAUCUUUGGUUCGCUGCCAGAAUACAUUUCCUCCGGUUUUUAUUGCAGCGUUUUUAACGAAAAUUCCCAUGCCCUUGGUCAGACGUUUCCUAAAUGCACAGACUAAACUCUCAACAGCAUGGAAGCUAUAGGGACAACAUGGCCUGAUAUUAUAUCCAGGAACUGGGCUGUCCAUCUAGACUUUAUCUCCUUUUGUUUGAUUUGUUUUUUGUUCUAAGCUGCAACAAGGGGCAUUGAUGUUGGUUUAAUAAAGCAGCUUAAAGGUUCUGUUUUGUUUUGUUUUUAAACCAUUUUGCUUAACCUAAGAAGACUGUUACACAAUAACUGGCCUUUUUUAUCUGCCUCGUGAUUAUUUUAAUUUUAAUAUAAACCCACAUAUGAAAUAAUGUGUGUAAUUUGUGCAAUCUUCUUUCCCAGACACUUCGUGGUCACGUAACCUUCUAGAGGUGUGGGGGUGGGGGUCAAAAUGCAUGAGUCUGACCCAGUUUCUGUGCUUCUGGUGUGUUAAUGCUGCUUGCUUCUGUAAAACUGUUGUUAUAUUUGUACAGAAGUGCAUGUGUGCCAAUCAAUGUUACUUACUUUGUCUUUGUUCACUUUUUUUUCACCUUUUUCCUCCUUUGCUGGCCCGCUGUAUAAAUAAAAAGGGUAUUUAGCCUCUCGCAGAUCACUUUAGCAUAAGAAGGCUUCAAGGAAGACUUUUCUUCUUGCCUUCUUUGCAAGCGAUUCCCUCCUUGCUCCUUUUCCGUGUACCAGCUCUGCCACCUUAUGUCCUCUUUAUAAUAUUCAUUCAUUUUUUUUUGUUGCCUGUGUGUUAUGCUUGUACAGAUAUGACUGACACACCAAACAAUCCUAUUUUGUUGAAUGUUGGUUUUCCUUUUUUUUUUUUCUUUCUUUCUCUACCACCAAAGUUGUAUUUUGUAAAUUUUUUUUAUUUAACAAAAAAAAAAAAAAAAAAUGGAGAAGAAAAGGUGGGAGGGCAAAUUGAUAAUUUACCCUUUUUUGUUUCCCUUCUAGCAGUUUGAAAUUCCUGACAUUAUUUUAUUAUUUUUGUGUCUUGUGUAGAAAUUUAGGCUUUUAUAAAUGCAUCUCCACGUUUUGUUUUUCUUUUUUUUUCCUUUUCAUUUUCUAAAUUCCGGUGUCUUAGUAAGGUAAGAUGGCAGCACACAAUGCUGUUCAUAUGCAAUUAAAAUAUUGUAAAUAUGUUCAAAAUUUUUAGAAAUAUGUGUUGCUUAGUGACAUGGUCUGUUCUUAUGCAGUUUCUUUUUUUUAUAAUGCCAAGUCCAUGUGACACAUCCCCCUCUCCCCCAGCCUUUUCACCUUAAUUUUACAGCUCUAUUUGCAGUGAUAUUAUUUCUCCUCUAGAGACGUCUCCAGCUGCUGUGGAAGUGAAGGGGUUACGCUAAGUUAUAAGGCUCUUGUAUUUAUAUAAAAAAAAAGAUGGCGAAUUUGCUUGUACCCAAAAAGGACACAAAUGUAAUUAAGUACCUGCUGUAAAAUAAUGGGACUGAUAGGUAGGUAUAGGACAUUGGCUUUCCAUUUUAUCCCUCUUACACCUUACAAUUAGACUGACAAUUACUCUAAAUUAUUCUAAAAUCAUAUUCAAUUAUUCUAAAAUCAUUUUUUUUCAUUCUAUAAUUCUGUAUUGCCUAUAAGGCUAAAGCAUAUUUUAUGCAAUGUCACCUUAAAUUAAUGAAAAGGUAUGCCUACCCUAAAACACCUUUUGCAUUGUUGUUUCAUAUGCAGCAGUACAAGCCAAAAUGAUAUGCUAAAAUGAAAGAAGUAAAAGUGGAGCAGUUCUCAAGGCUGUUUUUUGCAACUGGAAAAAAAAGUUAACCCAUUCACUUUGAGGAGGGGGAAAGGGAUGAUGGCAUUGCCAGCUUAUGCUUAGCCCUUUGGGGUCUGGGCAGGGUUAAAGGACUUCACACACUCUAUGUAAAUAAUGUAUAUGAGCAGUAGAGACAUAAAACACAGACACAUUCAUUUUCCUGGGAAUGUGCAUUUGUUUGUUUUUUAUUUUGCAAAAAAAGUGGUUAGAAAAAUGUUUAAAAAAAUGUGUGUGUUUCCAUAUGGUGUGGAAAUAAUCCUAUAUUUGGGGGGGAGGGCGGGCAACAUGAUGGGCUGGGUGCAUUUUGUGUGAAAUCACAACAUUGUUUCCACUCCUGUAAAAUACUUUGACCCUUUGUGAAAAACAAAUUAUUUUUUUGUUUUGUUUUGUUAUGUACAUCUAAUAUUUUAGCUGACACGCAUUAGUCCUGUGUAUUUUAAGGUGCUACAUGAGGUAAAACACACACAGUGAAAAAAAAAAUAGUGGAUUAUAGGGAAAUUAAAGAAAAAAGAAAAAAAAAAAAAAGAUUGUAACCAAAUUCUCUUUGUAUAAUUUUUGAUAUUAUGAUCAGAUGGGGAAAUGAAAAAUAAAUAAAUGGUACAAUCUAUAAUAAAACAUGCAAAAAGGGCCACUGUACUUUGUCUGUACAUUGUAUGUACAAUUUAAUCAUUCAUAUUUGUAUCCCCUUCAGUGCCAGAGUGAAGAAGUCUCUUCCUCCCUCUAGCAGUGAAGGCUGAAAAUGUUCAAAAAAAUAACGUAAUUGUGCUUUUUAGUCUUGCAAAACUGUAUGUAGUUAGUUGUGUCCACCUUAUAUUUAUCAAAUAAAUAUGUACUCAGAUGAAACCUG